UCCAAAACACACACAUACUCCGAAUACAGUCUUCGUCUUAUUGUAUCAACAUCGUACUGGCAAUCACGACUAUCCAACUCUCGUCUUCCUCACUAGCAUCACGGUUGACGCCGCAAGCCAUCUGGCUUACAUCGCCACUUCACCAAGCAUGUCUGCCCGCAGGUCCAGCUCUACAAUGUCCCCGGUCAGAUGCUCGUGCAAGAAGCGCACCUGCUCCCCUGACGACAAGGAGCACGUACCCACCAAGAAGAACGCGAUGUCGUUGCGCGGGAGGCUUCGGUGUCGCUCUCUAAAUCCUUCACCGGAGACUGUCGACGAACGUUUGGAGAUGCCAUAUUCGCCGCUGGCUUUGGCACUUGAAACGGCUCUGGGCUCCCAGGACUUUUUACCAGACUAUGUCGAGGAAGAUUUUUUGGAGUCGUUGCCGCCGCCGCCGCCGCCCUCGCCGGUGACUUCCGAGACGCCUUGGAACGCGACCAUGUACAGUAGCUCGCAAGGAGAUGGUUACUCGCAGGGAGAUUAUAGUCCCUGGUCUUCGGACUACACGACGGAUGAAUCCGGCCCUGAGCUACCCAUAUAUCACCCCUAUGUUGGAGUGGCACUUCUCAACCGCCUCGUCGCGCUACCGACCGCUGGUGAGUGGGCUUUCGACAGGUGGGACCCGACUGUGCCGGCAACAGUCUACUUGAAGGACAUGGCAGGUGACGAGGCCGCAGCCGAAGCCCAGACCACCAUGGACAGCAUUCUCGAUGAUCCGGAGCGCGAGGCUCGAUACGAGGCUCUCGGCCAAGUACUUACCUGUCACUGGGGCGCAGAUCCGCUGUAAGCGACUAGGGGGAUAGGUGAAUGGGACCGAUGUGCCGAUGUGUUUGCCGUUUGCUCCUGCUUUGUCCCUUUGCCACUCACUGCU